GUACGCGACGCAUCGAGUGGUUGAAAAUGAUGCUCUACAUGGGUCUAUUUAGUUGGACAGUUUUCCUCCAAAUGUCGGGCAAUUUAAUUGCUAAUGGAGCGAUGUACGACGCGAUCAUUGAUUCAUUCGAGCCGGAUUCAGAGAUUGAUUCAAACUAUCUGAAGCUGGGCACCCUUCGGGUAACUCGCAAAAAACGAAACUGCUUCGUUAUAACUGGUGACUUUGAGCUGAUCAAAAACUGGGGAAACGACAAUGUGGCGACCUAUGAGAUCAAACGUGCCACUGGAAAUGGCCCACCGGUGAUGAGUGGAAAGAGUUCGUUCUGUGACCUGUAUAAUUCGGACGCGGCGGUAGUCGAUGCGGUGCGCAAAGCGUCCAGUAUGCCACCGAAAGGGGGUUGUCCCAUUCCGAAGGGAAAGUAUACGGUGGAUGGUUUUGAGCUAAAGGAGGAAGACCUGCCCAUGAUGCUUCCUGCCGGCCAGUAUGUUGUAUCCGCCAAGGUUGAUAGCGUCCAAGGGACGCAGGUGGUGGCCUAUAAGGUGUAUAUCACGGUUAAAUAGUAUAAAGUAUAGUAUAACUGAAAUGACUUAUAGAUUGUUCGAAGGCUUUCCAGAGCAUCAUAUUAGUCGUUUCAUUCAUUAGCUCUCGACAUAACUCAUCUAUAAAUUGUGGUCGUCUCCAUGAAAAUAAUAUUCUGUAGCUUUGAGGUAUUCUUGCACAUCGUUUGUUCCAGAUGAAAAUAAAAUGUAAUCAUCUUU